AUGUCCUCCAUCCCUCUUGACCCCGCCCUCCCCCUCCGAAACAGCCUCGCCAGAAUAAAAACGCCCCCGAAACCCGACUUUUCGCAAGAGAAUGGCGCGCUGGAAGCUUCUAGAGAUGCGCGGCAGAUUGUGAGGCUGGUACAAUGCGCCUCGUGCUCGUACCCGCUGCAAGAACCGGUGACCCUGCCAUGUGGGAACUCCAUCUGCAAGAACUGCAUACCGGAGUUGCGUCUGCGCCCAAAUAUAUCAUAUCCUGCGACGCCGAAUCGUCUGCAGGGCUUCACCUGCCCGUUCCCAACGUGCAAGAUGGAUCACGCGGCCGGGGAUGUCAGCGUGGAUGUGGUGCUGAAAAAAGUCAUGUAUCUGAUCAGCAAAGAGAUUGAUGCGUACGCAAAUUCCGACCAGGCUUCGAAAAUACUGUUUCGGCUACAAGAACGGGACAAAUGGUCGAUCGCGGGCGUACCUUCUUUGCGGCAGGAAGAGGCCCGGACUCGUGUCUUGUCUGGCGGGAGGUUGAUCGCCACAUAUACGAUGGCGCAAAUGGGCGAGCUGCCGUACGACUCCGAGGUCAUGUAUACUUCAAUAUCUGCGACCAACGAGCAGUCAGAAGCGCUGGACACCGCGGUGUUGGAGCACCUACAGGAAUCUAUUCGGGCAGAGCUGGACUGCCAAGUGUGUUAUAAUUUGUUCCUGGAGCCAUAUACGACCCCCUGUGGCCAUACUUUCUGCCGGUCAUGUCUGUACAGAGUACUGGACCAUUCAAGGCUUUGCCCUAUCUGUCGGCGAGUGCAGACUAUCACGCCUCAGCUGGGCCGCGAUCGGGACCCAUCAAAUGUCAUCAUCUCAAAGCUCCUCACCGGGCUCUGCCCAGAGGCUCUUGCUGUGCGAGCGAAAGCUGCAGAGGCGGAUUUGAGACCUGGGACCGUGGAGAUGGACAUUCCCCUGUUUAUAUGUACUCUGUCUUUUCCCCAGGUCCCAACAUUCCUCCAUAUCUUUGAGCCCAGGUACCGCCUCAUGAUCAGACGGGCAAUAGAGAGCGGCGAGGGGAAAUUUGGCAUGCUUCGACACAACCCAUCCCGGGAGCCCCAAGGCGAGCUGGGCCGCGUCAGUUUCUAUGAGUAUGGAACGCUCCUCUGUAUCGAAGGCAUCCAAGUGUUGCCGGACGGGCGAAGUCUCAUCGAGACAAGAGGGAAGUCCCGAUUUAGAGUUCUGAAGCACGGAACCCUGGAUGGAUACACGAUCGGCAAGAUAGAACUACUCACGGACAUCAGCAUUCCCGCGGAAGAAGAGCUCGAAGCCCGCGAAACAACCGAUACACGCGCCCAGAAUCUUUCGGCUCAGUCUGACAACUCAGCCCCGCUCUCCCCUGAAGCCGCUCACAUUGCCAAGCUCAACGCCAUGUCCACCAAAGCGCUUUUCGAACUGGGCGUUGCUUUUGUGAAGAAAAUGAGGGACCGGUCCGCGCCGUGGCUGCAUGCCCGAGUACUCCAGGCGUAUGGCGAGUGUCCGAACGACCCGGCUAUCUUUCCGUGGUGGUUCGCCAGCGUGUUUCCCACGGCAGACUCGGAGAAGUAUCAUCUGCUCAUGACGGAUAGCGUGAGGCAGAGGCUCAAGAUAAUUGCUGACUGGAUCGCGGUCAUCGAGGCUGGCGAAUUGAGCCAAGACAAUGGCUGCAAUGUCCUGUGA